AUGGGAGAUCUUAUGAAAAGACGAUUCAACAUCCUAGAUUUAUCUGGAAAUAAAUUUUUGGAACGGAAAGUGGAUGCCAUGAUGAAUUUGAAAGCUCAAGGGUUGGAGCACACUGUUAAAGAUAAUAAAAGUCCCUCUGGUCAAGCAACUGAUGCUAACACUUCUGCAAUGACGGUUGUAAAACCUGUAACUAAACAAGAAAAGGCAAAAGCCUUAGUGUUACUAAGGCAUCAUUUACAUGAAGACCUUAAAAUUGAGUACAUGAUGGUUGAAGAUCCCAGAGAAUUAUGGGAUUGUCUUAAUGAAAGAUUUGGACACCACAAAAGGGUGCUCUUUCCUAAGUUAUUAUUUGACUGGACAAAUUUACGGUUGCAGGAUUUCAAAUCUGUAAUUGAUUACAAUUUAGCCAUACAUGAGAUAGUAUCUAUAUUGAUCGGAUUGCAAGAACAAUAUCGUGAAAGAGGCAACGAUACCAUUUUGUCCGUCUACCGUCAGCACAUUGCCGAGAAUGAGGCCGUGAAGGUGCUUUGGGAGUCUUGUGGAUUGACUCCCCUUCUCCAAGUCGCUGUGGCUUUCUAG